AAAUAUCUGGAUUUGCGGUUAUGAUGGGCGUAUUGGAACGAAAAACAACCCGUUAUCUGGUUAUUGCAAUAAGUAUUCCUAAUAUUGUCUUCAAAAUUCGGAAAAUCUGUAACUCAAAAAUAUUAUUUCGUCUAAAUUCGUGAGCCGACCAGUUUUUGAGAACACCCUCUCUAAAUAUUUCAUUUAGUACAUUUCUAGUAAGAGGCCUUUGUGUGUUUCCCGAAAUUCUAAACCGUCGGCUUUUACUGGUGCAUUUCUAAUGCAUUGAUGUCGUUUUCGGUCAUUGCCCGUUUUUCCGAGCCAUAACACCACCUGAUUCUAUCGACUUUGUGAAACUACGUUAUGAAUUUUUUGUGCCAGGCCUACAAACUUCGCUUUUUAGUUUAGACUAGCAGUCUGUACUUGCGUUCCAACAAAAACCGUAAGCUUUGACCGAAGGUCGUGUGCAAAAAAUCCCGACGAAGAUGACUAUGUAAUUUGCGCCCAUUGUUUAAAUCGCUUGGUCCCAUAAUACCGUCGGCCAAUUACUUUUCCCAGACAACCAGUUUGCCGGUGCUUAAUUCAAGUACCUGAUCGUUUCUCCACGGGAAACUACCUGCAGUGAGUGUCCAGCGAUGGCCCCUAACAGUUUGGUGGUCUCUUUCGUCUUGGUCGCGGCGACGGCAGCGGCGAAAGACUGCGAAGUGGUUCGGAUCGAAUCGGAUACCGUCCACGGCAGUUGCUGCGUCUACUACAAGACCUCGCAUAGCGGCGAACGGUUCAAAACGGACCCGCUGAUGAAGUUCCUCAAGGACGUGCCGCCAGGAGGCGUUUCCACCUUGCCAUCGAACGGAAGCGACGUUAUAUUUUUCGAAAAUUCGCCGACCGGACCGAGCGGCGUAAAGCAGGUUAAGAAAAAACCCGAAGAGAUGGCGAAACGGAUAUCCGAGAACCAUCGCAACGUUAGUAAGGGACACGGGGGCGUGUCUAAUCGGACGAGUAGCACUUCGGUACCCAAAUUACUAGACAGGAACGCGGUAGACGUGCCCGGCUCGGGAUGUCCCGGCGAAGCGGAGAGGGACGCCAGCGGACUCUGCGUGGACCCGUUUUGAAGCAUCUACCACUGCGUUUGUGGAAAAAACCGAAUAAAGCACUUAACGACUUC